AUGUACGUACUUAAUAACUUCACGCAACCUCUCGUACGAGUUCUCGGAAUGGAACAAUACUUCGCUGUCUUUCUUAGCGGUGGCAUCUUCGCCUCCUUCCUAAGCGCGCUGGUAAAGGCGGCGCGGGGCUCGCGGAUCCCUUCCAUCGGUGCCAGCGGGGCGGUGUGCGCAGUGCUAGGCGCAUUCUGCAUGCUGGAACCUCAUGCGAUGCUCUGCCUGCCAUUGGUGGUGAACAUUGUUCCUCAUGCCUUUUCCGCGGGUUCCGCUUGCUGGGCUAUUGUAGCCUUCGAGGCCUGUGGUGCCACUUUUCUCGCUCGCCGCUCACCCAUCGACCACGCAGCGCAUCUCGGUGGCCUCCUCUUCGGCAUGUACUACGGAUUGGAAGGAAAGAAGGUGGUUUUGAAUCAUCGUGACGCAGUGAUCAAAGUCUGGCGAAGUCUGAAAGGCGAAAGCGGAAAAGCGAAAUCUGGAGCCAUUCUCUCCGUGGGUUCAAAUGACAUCGUGAUUCGGAAAGGUCGCCAAUUCGGUCCCCCUUACGGUGGCGACUUAAUAACUACCGUCAGGAGCAAUGCUGGCCGGCGGAAGGAUCGAACCAGAGAUCAAUGUGACCAUGAAAGUGAUAGUAUUCUCCUUGUUGAGCAGUCGACUCUCUUUCCUCGUCCAGGACCACGGGACACCAACACCGCCAACGCCAGUGGCGCUACCAUGCCUAACCGCCUUUCCACCUGCUGA